ACGCAUUCAUGCAUUCAUGUGAACACUGAUCGACACGCGGGGCAGGAGCUGCCGUGGGCCGCUGAGUGUUUUUGCGUCUUGCAAAGAUCAUGUUGUAGCAUGCGCAGAUCGGAGUGAGUCAGACAUGCAGUUGUCUCUGUUGUCAGUGGAGGUCCGCGCAGCAGAUGCCCAGCCCGACUGCUGCCUCACUGCCGUCACCUAACGCCACCCCGCUGCUAGCGCUCCCACCCCCAUUGGCUACCGCUCGUGUCCACACGAGGGUGUCCUUCGACACCUGCACGCACCAUAUGGCAGCCAUGAAAGAAUGGAUGGAUGCAUUAAUCGGUGGCUCACCCAUCCGUUGACCCGUGCGACCUGCAAUGCACCCGUAUGUUGCUCGAGGGACGUGCAGAUGUGAUAACCUGUGUGUGGCAUCCAUCCAUUCGACAGGCAAUGCACCCCCGCCUCCCCACCCCCCUGUUCCCGUGUCUCCCUCACUGACCUUCUGCACACGCGUCGAUGGCCUCCUGCAGAGUGCAGUGGAGGCAUCCGAGACGCACAUACGCCGGGCCCACACCAGCUGCAAAGGAGAGGAGAGGGGACCAUGAAUUCAUCAGCCCACAACAGACCUUCGUUUGUUUAUGCAGGAGGUGGUGGGCGUACCGAGUGCUGGUGCGGCCUCUGCUGUGAUUUCGUCUCGCCCCAGUGCUCUGUUGUAGAUCCGUAGCUCGUCCAUCAUCAGAGGCGCUGAUAAGGGAGACACACGAAUGCGAGCGUUGCAUGGGUCUCGCAUCAGCAGUCUCGUGUUGCCUUGGUUACCUUUGCACUGAUCUCUGGUGCCCUCAGUGCCUGGGUGAGGAUAGCGGAGAGAGGAAAUGACAGCUGAUGGCUGAUGGGUGAUGGCCGAUGGCCGACGGGCUGUGUCUUCUUGUCUGCCUUGUUCUUUCUUACCGCCGACGAAAACAGGAUGUUCAAGCAAGGGACUAUCACCUGUGUGGGCCACAUGGGCCACAAUCACACACAUGGAUGGAUGGAUGGAUGUGUUUGUCGGCUGACCGGUCGUCUCAUAGCUCGAGUCAAGGAUGCCAUUCAGGUAAAGCCGCAGCCUACUGCCGUGCCGCACAACCGCCACAUGGUUCCAGGAGUUCCGCAGCGGCACUCCAUGGCUCAAUAUCGCCUCGUGCUUAAACACCUCUCCCCACCCACCACCACUAGCCGCCAUCCUCGUCGUCAUCUCAACCUUGAUGCGCACAGGAUGGCCCACACUAUAUGAAAUUGACGGCGCGCGAAACAUGGUGCCGUUCUCGGUUCCUCCCCGGUGCAGCAUCGGGCACCAUGUGUCCUGGCUGCCGCUGGUCAUGCUGGCUGCGUCGCGCAAGAGGUGAAACCAGAAGGUGUAGGAUGAGUCGCGGCCUUCCAGCAGACAUGGGAGGGCAGGUAUGGCGGCGAAGGACGACUGGAAGACGGCCGAUGAGCCCAUGGCGGGGAGGGACGGCCCUCUCUCGAAGAAGCCCUGACCGUGCUGCUCGUUGCCGGACGCAUCGAGCAUCCCCUGGAGGUCAAAGUUGUAAUGACCUGCGUGAGAAGGGAGAGAGGAAACACCAACACCGUCGUGUUUGCUGUGCUGUGGUGCCUCUGUGGUGUUGUCCUCUCUCUUGCCGCAUAUGCCGAACAGCUUUGCUCUUGGAAGAAGCAUGUGCGUCCCCCCGUUUGUGCACACCCGGCCGUCCAUCGCCACGUCGCAUGAUACGAAGCCUGUGGACGUCUGGAGAGUGCUGUUGGCCGACGAAACGGCCUCAAGGACACUCCUGAAAGGAAAAUGAGCCAAGAGAGCAGCAAGAUCUCGUUCGUGCAUAUGGGCAUCACCUGGAGGCGUCAUCGGCGCAGGUCUGGCGCAGGACCGAAAGAACAAUGGCCAAUAUCCUCAGACGCCACAUGGCGGUCCUCAAAUGGCCAGCUACACGCGUGUUCGACAGGU